GCGGGUAUGGAGUUGGUGGAGAUGGAGCAGCUGGUGGCGGUGGCGCAGGGCGCGGCCGACGCGGCGGGGGAGGUGCUCCGGAAGUACUUCCGGCAGCGCUUCGAGAUCAUCGACAAGGAGGACCACAGCCCCGUCACGAUUGCAGACAGAGAAGCUGAAGAAGCAAUGGCUUCAGUCAUACUGAAGAGCUUCCCUACUCAUGCUAUUUUUGGCGAGGAGAAUGGUUGGAGAUGUGUGGAGAAGUCUGCUGACUAUGUUUGGGUAUUGGACCCCAUUGAUGGAACAAAGAGCUUCAUAACUGGCAAGCCUCUUUUUGGUACACUUAUUGCUCUUCUGCAUAAUGGGAAGCCGGUUAUGGGUAUUAUUGAUCAGCCAAUCUUGAGAGAGAGAUGGAUUGGGGUGGAUGGGAAGAAAACAACCUUAAACGGACAAGAAAUAUCUGUCCGUCCUUGCAAUGCACUGGCACAAGCUUACUUAUAUACAACAAGUCCACAUCUCUUCGAGGGAGAUGCUGAAGAUGCAUUUAUUCGUGUACGAGAAAAGGUGAAAGUCCCACUGUAUGGCUGUGAUUGUUAUGCUUAUGCUCUUCUGGCUUCUGGUUUUGUGGAUCUUGUUGUUGAAUCCGGUUUGAAGCCAUAUGACUUUCUCUCGUUGGUACCGGUCAUUGAAGGAGCUGGAGGGUCAAUAACCGACUGGGAAGGGAACAAGCUCCACUGGCCUGUCACUUCAGAAUCUCGGCCCACAAGUUUCAACGUGGUUGCGGCUGGAGAUGCUCGUGUCCAUGGGCAGGCCCUAGAAGCGCUGCGGUGGCACUAACGUGUAGCACACACCUGCUUCUGUUGUCCAUUUAGAAGAUGGCAAACUGCUAUUCAUGUGUCCAAUAAACUGAUUAUAUGUACACUUCCUCAGUCGGGAAAGCAAGAUGUAGUGCUGUACAUUGCACCUUGACUUGGUAAAUAACCCGUGAUUUGUACUUAUGAUCCCUGAAUGAUGUAUGAUUGCACUGUGUAGUUGUGAUGGUGCUCUUUUUUGUCAA